CCCUAUGAAAAUUUUCUUAAUCCGCCACUGCACUCAUACCUCCAAUUGUGUGUCCCAACUUCCAUCUAAAGUUUCCUUUGCAGGGCAUAAACCGCAACCUUUCCUGAUCUGAACCGAAUCAGUACCAAAAACACUAAACACAGAUUAAUUGCGACGUUGCAGUGCUACCUAAUUCGGCAGCCAGCGACAGAAUAGGUUAAGAGGAGUGGCUAAAUGGCCCGUCAACCGUCGCUUUCCCCCGGUCGUCGGCUAACUGGUUAAAUGGCCACCGUCAUCAUCUUCACUGCAAAAUCAAGACUUCAAUAAACUCUAUCCGACGGACCCCAUCUCUCUCUUAACCACGCGGGAUGUGUGUUAAUCGUGAUGAUAAAAGCGCUCUGUUCGUACUUUGUAUAGCGACUCUGUGCGGCCUUCCCCAAAAAAUUGUGAUCCUCAAUAACGCUUUUUCGUUUCCCUUCUUUUACAAAGCUAUAAGAAACCCUCACUCCGACCAUUUCCUCCACAAAUCCGCCGCGCUAAACCCCUUUCCAUUUUUUUUUCUCCCCGUCGAUCGACCCAAUCGCGCCGAAUUUCGAAUCCCCGAGUCGGAUUAAUUUUGUUGGCGGAAGAGAUGCCGAUAUCGGAUGCGGUGACGGCGAACCUGACGCCGAUCUACGUGGUGGCGAUUGCAGGGGUUAAGGCGUACGGGAUGGUGUGCGGCCGGAAUUUCGGCGCCGGGUUCGUCCUCAUCGCGUCGACCGCGGUGGUGGGAUUAAUCCUUGUCGCCACGCUGACGUGGGACGUUUCGCGGAAGGCCACGUACGCGAUUUCCGGCGAGAGCCACGACAGGUCAGCAUCGGCGGCGUCGGGGAGAGGGGAGAUGUGCAAGGGUGGGAUUUGCUGGCACGGAGUGGCGGUCCGGUCGCCAGCAUCUCAGGUUCGGUUCAGGCUCCCUCGCCAUCAUCAUCACCACCAGCAUCAUCCGCCGGCAGCUGCUCCGCCGCCACCGCCGGCGUUCGGCGCGUGGUGAGAAAUAUGGGGUUGGAUAGAGUAUGUUCAAGCCAUGAGGUGUUUUGUUACUUUUUUUAACGAGGGGAAAAGGGGAAAGUGACUAAGUGAGUGAGUGUAAGCAAUGAAAUGACGAUAAGCCUGUAAAUAAUCACAGUUACUGUACAAAUCACAGUGGAGAAUCAUAAGCCUUAAUACUCGCAGAUUAAUUUAGGGAAUUGCUUCUAUCUAAUACCAAACCACAGGGACAAUAACCUAAAUAAUUGAGGAAGAGGUAAGCAUUAUUAGUCAUUAAGCAUGAACCAUUUGGCGUUAUAGCAAACACCCAACACAAAUGACAUAAUAAUGAUCACGAUGGCAU